AGACGCGAGGGCUUGGCGGGGGGGGGGGGGGCGCGCAGCCGGCAGCCAUUAUCUGCGGUGGCGGCGCGCCGAGCCGGGUGCCGGGGCUGCCGUGCUGCCCCUCCGAGCCCGCGGCCCCGCCGCUGCACGGGGUGGGGCCGCCAUGGCGGCUUAGCCUCGCCCCCGCCCUCCUCUUCCUCCCCGCUCCGGUCGCUGAAGGCGCGGCGGCGGCGGCGCGGCCUAGCCGGGAGGGCGGAUCCUCGGCCUCGCGUAGCGGCUCCUGCCCGCGGAGGGCCGCCCUCCUCGGAGGGCCAUGUCCCUGGUGGCCUACGCCAGCAGCGAGGAGGAGAGCGAUGCGGAGGAGGCCGCGGGCGAGGAGGAGGAAUCCUCCUCCUCUUCUCCCCCCGCGGCCCAGCAGCCCCCGGCCCGGGGGCUCUUCGCUGAUCUGCCUCCCCCCAAACCCCCCGCGGUGCCGCCGCUGCCCCCGCCUCACCACCCCCCGGGCAGCGGCUUCCCCCUGCUGCCGCCCCCUCCUUUCCUGAUGGGCCCCCGCCCCGCUCCGGCCGCCAGCGGGGAGCAGCCCCGGCCGGGGGGGCUCCUGCUGCCGCCCCCGAAGAACGCGGCCCCCGCCGCCCCAACCCGCAGCCUCUCCCCCCCCGCUCCGGCCUCUGCUGUGCCCGGGGCUGGGGGGGAUCCGAGCCUCCCCAAGCCAAAGAAGAGGACGGAACCGGUGCGGAUCGCGGCGCCCGAGCUGCGCACGGGAGAUUCAGAUUCAGAGGAAGAUGAACCAGUCAAGAAGAAAAAUACGUAUCAGCGCCACGGCGAGGGCACCGGCUUGUCGGCUUUGCUUCCUCAACCCAAAAACUUGUCGGUGAAAGAGACCAAUCGGUUACUUUUACCCCACGCUUUCUCGAGGAAAGCGGGAGAAAACGCCUCCGACUCCAAGCCCGCCAAGGCGCCAACCUCCUCCAAAUCCAAACCCCCUGCCAAGCCGCCGGUGCCCACGACUCCGUCUCCGUCGGCCAUCAAAGCGGCGGCGAAAAGCGCCGCCCUGCAGGUAACCAAGCAGAUCACGCAGGAGGAGGACGACAGCGAUGAAGACGUCGAGCCGGAAAACUACUUCUCCCUGUCCGACAGGAGCGAGCCCGGGCUGGCGCCCGCCGAGCCGUUCCUGUACCCGGGCACGGAGGAGCCGCCGCCGGGGACGGAACCGGAGCCGCAGUUCCAGGACGCUGCUGCCAACGCUCCCCUGGAGUUCAAGACGGACGCGGGUUCCAGCGGCGCCCAGCACGGCUGGCUGCCCAAACCGGGAGAGGAUUACGGCACCCAGUACGGCCAGUUUGCCGCAUACGGCGAGGCCGGCGCUUAUUAUCAGGAUUAUUACAGCAGCGGCUACUACCAGGAGGUGGAACCGGCCCAGGCAGCGCCGCAGGAGACGAGCGCCGACUCCUCCUUCAUAGACGACGAAGCGUUCAAGCGCCUGCAAGGCAAACGGAAUCGGGGCAGGGAAGAGAUCAACUUUGUGGAUAUCAAAGGUGACGAUCAGCUGAGCGGGGCCCAGCAGUGGCUGACCAAGUCCCUAACGGAGGAGAAGACCAUGAAGUCCUUCAGCAAGAGAAAAGGAGAUCAACCCACGGGACAGCAGAGGAGGAAACACCAGAUCACGUACCUGAUCCACCAGGCGAAGGAAAGAGAACUGGAACUGAAAAACACAUGGUCUGAAAACAAGCUCAGCCGACGGCAGACUCAAGCCAAAUACGGAUUCUAACGCCUCCGUCCCGCUCGUUUGGCUCUUGGCCCAGCUCCGCCAUCCCGUGCGUUUCGAACCGGAACCUUUACAGGCCGGAGCUUGCGAGAGAAGCGCAGAGCAACGCACACAAAGCCCUGUGGAUCUCUCGCCCGGCGCUGAGGGCUUUGGGAUAAAAUCCAUGUGUGUAUGUACAUUUUCCUUCCUUUUCCCCCCUUUUUCCUCCUCCCCCCUGGUACCGAGCUGCCCUCCAGACGUAUUGAAGCGCGUGUUCCACCCCACGGCGCGACGUUAUUCCCUCCGAGCCGACACAGAUGACACCUCCCAACUCUUCCAAUUAAGCGUUAACUUUCCCCUCCUGGCUGGGAAGAGGAGACAGCGUCCGGCCUUAUCUUUUACACAUUCAAUCUUUAUUUAAGGUCUAAGCAAUAACGACUGCAAAUCAUGUGCAGCCUUGCUGGCCAGAUCCGCGUUUCCGUAGCCAAAUCUCGGUGGCCUCGCUCGGUUUGUUGUUCAGCGAAGGGAGCGGAGAGCUGGUCUGGUUGUUGAACUUACAUUCCCGCCGCUAAGGGUUGUGUUGGUUGGAACCUAAACCAGCUCGUGUUUGUUAUUCCAUUUAGAAGAACUCCAAGAGGUUGUUUUUCUCCCGUGUUACCUGUUUAAAACGAGCAAACCAACCCCCAGGAAUGACGUCUUUUCUUAGAAUAUUUUAAAAUCAUCUGAUUUCUAGUUUAGCCCCCCUGGAUGUUUUAGUACUUUGCAGAGCCCGUUUGGAGUAUUUGGACGACCAGAAUAAAGUUACUGUUGAGUAAUUUAUUCAUAUGUGUACAGUGGAAAAAAUCCUCUGAGAAGAGAUUUGAUAAAAGGAAUAAACUUUUGAAUGAACCGAA